AGUUUUAUUAAAGAAAAUUCUCUGCUUUCCCUCGAAUUAUCAUUAUUCCUCGUUGUUUGUCUUGUCGGUGGGAUACGCUCAGCAUGGCAUUGUCUGGCGCGCCUCCUGUGGGGUGGGGGAUGGCGUGUUUCCAUUGGCUAGUUGUGGCGACGGCAAAGACUCCUCGUAGGUCCGCAGGGCGGAUAUUAAAGCGGUGACGACAGGAGAAAUUGCAUUCAUUCAUUCAUUCAUUCUUUCCACUCUGACUCGAGAAGACUACAGCAUCUAUCAUGUCUGGACGCGGCAAAGGAGGCAAGGGUCUCGGAAAGGGAGGCGCCAAGCGUCACCGUAAGGUUCUUCGCGACAACAUCCAGGGCAUCACCAAGCCCGCCAUCCGUCGUCUGGCUCGCCGUGGCGGUGUCAAGCGCAUCUCCGGCCUCAUCUACGAGGAGACCCGAGGCGUUCUCAAGGUCUUCCUGGAAAACGUCAUUCGUGACGCUGUGACAUACACCGAACACGCCAAACGCAAGACGGUCACCGCCAUGGACGUUGUCUACGCCCUCAAACGCCAAGGUCGCACCCUGUACGGCUUCGGCGGCUAAAGGACCCGACGGACUCACCAUCGCAAGCAAACCCCGGCCCUUUUCAGGGCCACCCAAAUAUCCAAAAAA